AUGGCGCACAUGCAGUACAACCAGCAGGCCAUGCCCUCUGGUCUGGCCUCAAGGAGAGGCGGCCAGAACAUCAAGCCCCUCUCUUUCGACUUCAAGUCCAUCCCCGAGAACGACACCGGCAUUCCUACGCCGCGCACCAGCCGCUCUCACCUUCUGGCGGGUUUGAGAACCGCCCCCAAGUCGGCUACCGCUACCAGCUUCUCGGUUGGAAACGGUCCCGCCUCGCCCACUGUCAACCCUCAUGCCCGGAACAGCCGCAACAACUCGAUUACUCCCGGCAUGUAUGACGGCGCCAGCUACCUGAACGGACCUAAGACGUCCAUGCCGACCUAUGGCGGUAUGCACCAGGCUCAACAGCAGGCCAUGCAACAGCAGGCUCUUUACAACGCUGAGGUGGCCGCUUAUCAACAGCAGCAGCAGUACACGACCGACCAGAUUAUGGUCCCACAGCUUUCGAUGGAUGACUCGGUUCAGGGAGAGCUUGAUCCCAACGUGCACGCUCAACUCAUGUACACUAAUCACGUUCUGGCUCAGCGUCAGCAGCAGUUGCAACAGCAGCUGCAGGCCCUGCAGGCGGCUGCUCAGCAGCUCCAGUCCCAGGGUUACCGUAUGCAGGGACAGGCCCCGGCCUCACAGCACAACCACCAGUCAGCUGUUUACCAGCAACAGAUGCAGCAACAGGUUCAGCAGCAGGUGGAGCAACUCCAACAGCAGCGUCUCCAGCAACAGUAUCUGGCGCUUCAGCAGGCUCGUGCCCAACAGGCUGCUCAGAUCCAGCACCUCCAGCAGCUCCAGGCCUUGAUGACCCCGACUGCUACCCAGCAGCAGAGCGCGUACUCCCUCUACGAUCCUACCACUGGCCAGCAGACGCUCUACGAGGCCACCAACCAGCUCGCCAACCAGACUGCUCAGCUUAACCUCAACAGCUACGGCGGUGUCCAGCAGCCGGCUGUCGGCACUCCCCGCUUGCAGGUGUCUCCUCCUCCCCCGGCCGAGGCCAGCAAGUCGAACUCGCGGAGCUCUUCGCCUCCUCGCCGCUUCGAGUCGCCCGUCGAGACUGCUGUCAACCCUUUGCCUCCCCCGAGCGCUAACGCCUUCCGUCGUGGUUAUAAGAAGACCAUCUCGACUGCGAACGGCAACAAGAACCAGCUGUCCAUCUCGACCAACGAGGAGCCUCCCAAGACUGCCGGUCCCAAGACGUCCACCUUCCCGAUGACCCCUAUGACCGCCGGUUACGGGCCCGGUCAGGCUCGUGCUGGCGAGCACCCCGUCCGUCAACCGCGCAACCCGCCCUCGCUGGAUGAGCUCAAGUCUAAGCCGACCUCCAAGCACGAGGGUAGCAAGAACUUUGUCGCUCGCACCCGCCGCUCGGCGAUCCACAACCUUGUGCGCGCCGGUCUUGAGAGGCGCAAGGAGGCCCGCUCCUCUGGAAGUAUUAGCCCUAUUUCCGAGAGCGCCGACGAGCUGGUGGAGACACCCUUGACGGAUAACGAUAGCGACUCGGGCCGUAGCGGAUCCGGCAUCCUGCUCGACCACGACGAUGCCGAGUGUAGCCUGCCUAGCUCGCGCACUAGCACUGGCAGCUGGGGCGCCAUCGGCUCGGAUCGCCCGAGCUCGCGCCAGAAGACCAACCGCACGAGCGUUGAUAGCACCAACUGCUCCGAUAACGAGACGGCCAGCCGUGACUCUGGCAGCUUUGCGAGUCUGUUGAAGAACAGCAACCGCGGCGCCAAGACGGAGGCCGUUGACGGUCAGCAGCGCAAGGCGAGGCUUGUAUUGACUGCUCAGAAGCGCAGCAUUGGUGCUUAG